AUGGCACAAUAUACAGGGUUUGAUGACACAUGCGACUCCUCCGCUUUGUUGGGAUUAAUCAUCAGCAUUGACAAGUUCCCUGUAGUUGUAAAGUCAGAUGCUGAAAAUGUACGAAGAAAUAUAAGAAAUCCAUGGGCUCAUUGUGAUUUCACUGAGUGGGAUGCUUUAAAGUAUGCAGAUUCAUUCCAGCUGAUGGAGAACCUAGUCAAGAACCUCUGUUUCAGUUCAACGGAAGAACUUCAAAUCAAAGGGAAUAUGGAAAAAUGGAAAUUAAGUGGUCAACAAUUUUUGAGUGGUACAACUCUUGGACUUGAAUUAGUCAAUGAUAUUCGUCAAGAAACUCACGUUUUAGCUGAGUACACAAAACUGGUAGCAAUAGAAACAGACGAGAAUUGUAUGAUAAUCACGAACGUACUAGAGAGUUUCGAUAUCAUCCUUAAUAGAUUAACUCAAUUAGAGAAAGACGUGGAGACCAGAUUUUCGGAAAUAAACGAAAGGUUGUUGGCUAAUGAGGAAAAGAAAAAUACACUAUUAGAUUCCCAGAAGUGCGAGAUUGAGUUUUGGAAAGAACAAGAAGAUAUUUUUGUUGAUACACCUGCAGUAAAAUCGAUUUUGAAGAUCCUUGAAAGAGAACAUAUUGUCUUAAUAGUAGGAGAACCAGGUAUCGGUAAGAGCAUGUUGUUGCAUCAUAUCGCUUUGAAACUACAGAUGACGAUGGAUUAUAAUAUAAUUCCGUGUACUGGUGUGCAAGAUAUACUGCAACAAUAUAAAGAGGACACAAGACAGGUGUUUGUUCUUGACGACCCGUGUGGACGAUUCACAGUUAGUAUGUCUGUUGAACAGUGGAUGAUCAAUGAAGACAAGUUAAGAAGAAUUCUGAAAAAGGGCUGUACAAAAGUAAUAGCAACUUGUCGAUUAGAUAUUUACAAUGAUGAAAUAUUUCAAGAAUCAUGCCCUGUUUUGAAAUCGAAUAUCUUUAAUCUAUCUGUAGAAUAUUCAAGGGGGGACAGAUUAACAAUCUGCCGAAAUUAUUUAUCCGAAGCUAAUAUUCAGCUGUUGAAAGAUCAAAAUGUAGAUUUUACACCUCUGAUGUGUUAUCUUUAUUCAAAAAACGAAAAUUCCAAUCUGACCGAUUUUUUAGAAUGUCCUUUCGAAACAUACAAAACGGAAUGGAACAAGUUGAAAGCAGUUGAUCCAUACAAAUAUUGCUCACUAUUUUUAUGCAUUAUUUAUAAUGGCAUACUGAAAGAAUCGUUAUUUGAUAUGUACAAUGAAAAUAAUACCAAAAACAGAUCAGUUUUGGAAAACAUUUUUGAAACCUGCGGAAUCAAUCGAGGUACAUCUAGAAGUAAAAUUCAGACAGUUUUUGACAGCAUGAUUGGAACUUACGUCCAGAAAACAGGAAACGAGUAUAGGGUCAUUCAUGACCAAAUGUUUGAUUUUUUGUGUUGUUAUUUUGGUAACAAAGAUGAAACGGUCAAAUGUAUAUUGCGUUAUUCAGACAUCCGAGUUUUCAAUCAACGAACAAUUUUAUAUUCUAUCAAUGAACAACAGCGAAAGUAUUCUAUAUUAAUAUCAAAGAAGAAUGAAAGAGAAUAUUUUGAGAGAGUUAAAAGCGAUGUACAACUGGGAAAGAUGAACCAAUGUUUCUAUAACACACAAAUGAAGUAUGUAGUAUACAGAACGUUAUUCAUAAACACACUAAAAUCAAUGGACGACAAGAUAUUUAGUGAACAGAUCAAUCGGAGACCAAAAACUCGACAUAGCAUUAAACAUGGAUAUGAUUCAGUUGCAACAAUGGAAUGCGAAUAUUGUUCAUAUGAUUCUGAUUCUGAGGAUGUUUGUGGUUACGAUGAUCAUGAGGAAAGAGGAUAUCCAGAAGGACCUUUCAUAGAAUCAUGCUUACAAAGAUAUUAUGAUAUAUUUCAAUACUUUAUUUCUAAAUCUGCUGAUAUUCACAAAUACGGUUCAAUCUAUACACCUCUGACUGCUGCCUGUAAGGGAGGAAAUGAGAAGAUAGUACAGUUACUUUUAGACAAAGGAUGUAAUGUUAACUUGGUCGAUGGUAAGAAACAGACACCUCUGACAGCUGCUUGUAGUGGCGGAAAUGAAAAGAUAGUACAGUUACUUAUUGACAAAGGAUGUGAUGUUGAUGGUAUGAAAACGACACCUCUCAAAGCUGUUUGUAGUGGAAAUAAGAAGAAACUCGAACGUAAUGAAUUAGGAGUAUCUAAAUGCACAAUAUUAUGGCCAAUUGAUACACCCCUGCAGAUUGCAUGUGAGGAAGGCAAUGAAAAGAUAGUAAAGUUACUCAUAGACCAAGGAGUUGAUGUUAACCAGGUUGAUUAUCAUUAUAGGACACCUCUUCAAAUUGCUUCUAAGGGAGGAAAAGAUAAGAUAGCACAGUUACUUAUAGACAAUGGAAGUGAUGUUAACCAGAAAUGCGGUUUUGAGUGGACACAUAUGACAGCUGCUUGUAGGGGAGGAAAUAAAAAGAUAGUGCAGUUACUUAUAGAAAAAGGAUGUAAAGUUAACCAGGUUGACGAUGACGGUCAGACACCUCUGACAGCUGCUUGUAGUGAAGGACGUGAGGAGAUAGUACGCUUACUUAUUGAACAAGGAAGUGAUGUUAACCAGAAUAAUGGUAAUAAUAUGACACCUCUGACAGUUGCGUGUAGUGGAGAAAAUGAUAAGAUAGUACAGAUACUAAUAGACAAAGGAAAAGAUGUUAACCAUGUUGAUGGACGGGGGCAGACACUUCUGACAUCUGCUUGUAAUGGAGGGAAUGAGAAGAUAGUACAGUUACUUAUAGACAUAGGAUGUGAUGUUAAUCAGGUUCAUGAUUUGGACAAAACACCUUUAAUAGCUGCUUGUUUCAAAGGAAAUGAGAACAUUGUACACCUACUUAUAGACAAAGGAAUUGAUGUCAACUAUGUAAACGGUAUGCAGGAGACACCUCUGACUGCUGCUUGUAGAAAAGGAAAUGAGACCUUAGUACAAUUACUUAUAGACAGAGGAAGUGAUGUUAACCAGGUUAUUAGAGGGUGGCGCACACCUCUGACUGAGGCUUGUAUGAAUGGAAAUGAGAAGAUAGUACAAUUACUUAUAGACAAAGGAAGUGAUGUUAACCUGAUGAAUGGUCAGAAAUAUACACCUCUGACUUUUAGUGCUGGUUGUUUGAUAAUAAAUGAGAAGAUAGUACAAUUACUUAUAGACAACGGAAGUGAUGUUAACCUGAUGGAUGGUAGGAAAGAGACACCUCUGACUGCUGCGUGUACAGAUGGAAAAGAGAAGACAGUACAGCUACUUAUAGACAAAGGAAGUAAUGUCAACUAUGUACAUGGUAUGGAACAGUCACCUCUGACUGCAGCUUGUAGUGAAGGAAAUAUGAAGAUAGUACAGUUACUUAUAGACAAGGGAAGUAAUGUUAACAAGGGUGGUGAUAACGGAGAGACACCUCUGACAAUUUCUUGUAAGAGGGGCAAUGAACAUAUAGUACAAUUACUUCUCGACAAUGGAGGUGAGGUAAACCAGGUAGAUGGUAUGAAAGAGACACCUCUGACAGUUGCUUGUAGUGGAUACAGAGGCUCAUAUUUUGUAGACAGGGGAAAUGAGAAGAUAGUACAGUUACUUCUUGACAAGGGAAGUGAUGUUAACAAGGCUGGUGCUAACGGAGGGACACCUCUGACAAUUUCUUGUGAGAAUGGAAAUGAACAGAUAGUACAGUUACUUAUAGACAAAGGAAGUAAUGUUAACCUGAUUAAUGGUAUGAAACAGACACCUCUGAUUGCUGCGUGUAGAGAAGGAAAUGAGAAGAUAGUCCAGUUACUUAUAGACAAAGGAAGUGAUGUUAACAUAAUGAAUGGUAUGAAAGAGACACCUCUGACAGUUGCUUGUAGUGGAUACAGAGGCUCAUAUUUUGUAGACAGGGGAAAUGAGAAGAUAGUACAGUUACUUCUUGACAAGGGAAGUGAUGUUAACAAGGCUGGUGCUAACGGAGAGACACCUCUGACAAUUUCUUGUAAGAGGGGCAAUGAACAUAUAGUACAAUUACUUCUCGACAAUGGAGGUGAGGUAAACCAGGUAGAUGGUAUGAAAAAGACACCUCUGACAGUUGCUUGUAGUCUUGGAAAUGAGAAAAUAGUACAGUUCCUAAUAGACAAGGAUUGUCAGGUUAACCAGGUUGAUGGUAAUGGUCAGACACCUCUGAUAACUGCUUGUAGAAGAGGGAAUGAGAAGAUAGUACAAUUACUUUUAGACAAGGGAAGUGAUCUAAACAAGGCUGGUGCAAAUGGACGGACACCUCUGACAAGUUCGUGUACGAGAAGAAAAGCACAGAUAGGACAGUUACUUCUAGACAAGGGAAGUGAUGUUCACCUGGUGGAUGGUAUAAAACAAACACCUUUGACAGCUGCAUGUAGUAGAGGAAAUGCACAUAAAGUGCAGUUACUUUUAGACAAAGGAUGUGAUGUUAACUGUUUGGAUGGUAUGGAACAGACAGCCCUGACUGCUGCUUGUUGUAAAGGAAAUGAGAAUAUAGUACAGUUACUUGUAGACAAAGGGUGUCAGGUUAACCAGGUUGAUGGUAAUGGUCAGACACCUCUGAUAACUGCUUGUAGUAGAGGGAAUAAGAAGAUAGUACAAUUACUUUUAGACAAAGGAAGUAAUGUUUACUACGUGGAUGAUAACGGACAGACACCUAUGUCAGCAGCGUGUAGUGAAGGACAUGAGGAGAUUGUACAGUUUCUUAUAGACGAAGGAAUCGAGGUCGACCAGGUUGAUGGAACUGGGCAGGCACCCCAGACUCCAAUUUGUAUUGAAGGACAUGAGGAGAUAGAAGAAUUUCCUAUAAGCAAAUAA